AUGGUCCGCACAGCCCCUUUGGGCCCUUGUAGCCGAGACCCGGGCGGCACCAACGCCGCGACUCCAUCACCCUCGGGGCAGCCCCACCAGCGGGUCAAGCUGGACGCGCCUGCUGUGCCUCUUGGAAGAGCGAGUGAGCAGGAGACAGGCCCACGGUCGGGGAAAGUCUCCGUCCUGAGACAGAACGCAGGUUCAGAGACGCCGGCGACAUCAGGGCCCACAGAUGGCUCGUGUGCCUCGCACUCUGACACAGGCCUUUCUUCUGCCGCCUUCCCUACCCCUUGGGGAACUGACCCCAGUCAGGGGUUGGGGGUUAGAUUGGUCACCGGGUGGAUUAAGCCUUAA